AUGCGUUGGUCCUCGCACUCCCGGAGUUUAAUUCUCUACUUCUACACGCUUUCAUUCCUCUCUUCGACAUGCCUAGCAUAUGUUGCCAGCAGAGACAACUGCUGCAUCUUAGAUCAAAGAUUUGGUAGUUAUUGCCCGACUACAUGUGGCAUCGCAGACUUCCUGGGUAAUUACCAGUCAGAAGUAGACCGGGAUCUACAAUCUUUGGAAGACACCUUAGGUCAAGUCGAAAACAAAACAUAUGAAGCCAAAGAACUAAUCAAAACAAUCCAAAGAAUCUACAAUCCUGAUGGCCCACCGAAGCCAGGUAGGAUAGAAGCUGCGACGAGGGAGUCUAAGAAAAUGUUGGAAGAUAUUAUGAAAUUCGAAGCAUUGAUUAUAUCACAUGAAUCAAAUAUUCGAUUUUUGAAGGACAUAUAUAAUUCAAAUAAUCAGAAGAUCACUACCUUAAAACAGAAAGUAGUCCAGCUUGAGGAAAAGUGUCAAGAGCCUUGCAAAGACACAGUCAAAAUACAUGACAUCACAGGGAAAGAUUGUCAAGAUGUUUCCAAUAAGGGAGGCAAAGAGAGUGGACUUUACUUCAUCAAACCUCUGACAACUCAGCAGCAGUUCCUAGUCUACUGUGAAAUUGAAACAAAUGGAAAUGGAUGGACUGUGCUCCAGAAGAGGCUUGAUGGCAGCGAGGAUUUCAAGAGAAACUGGAUCCAAUACAAAGAAGGGUUUGGACAUCUGUCUCCCACGGGCACCACAGAGUUUUGGUUGGGAAAUGAGAAGAUUCACUUGAUAACCACCCAGACGGCCAUCCCAUAUGUACUAAGAGUGGAGUUAGAGGACUGGAGUGGCAGAAUCAGUACUGCAGACUAUGCCAUGUUCAGUGUGGGAAAUGAAGCUGACAAAUACCGCCUGAAGUAUGCCUACUUCAUCGGUGGAGAUGCCGGCGAUGCCUUCGAUGGCUAUGAUUUUGGUGAUGAUCCCAGUGACAAGUUCUUCACAUCUCACAACGGCAUGCAGUUCAGUACCUGGGACAAUGACAAUGAUAAGUUUGAGGGUAACUGUGCUGAGCAGGAUGGAUCUGGCUGGUGGAUGAACAAGUGUCAUGCUGGUCAUCUCAAUGGAAUUUAUUACCAAGGUGGCACUUACUCAAAGGCAUCGACGCCGAAUGGCUAUGACAAUGGCAUCAUUUGGGCCACCUGGAAGUCUCGUUGGUAUUCCAUGAAGAAAACCGCCAUGAAGAUAAUUCCCUUCAACAGAUUCAACAUGGGAGAAGGGCAGCAGCACCACCUUGGGGGAUCCAAACAGGCUGGAGACGUUUAA